CUUCCUCAGGCUGGCAGCACAUAGGAUUGAACUAAUGGCUGAUCGAGUGCUUGUGAUUGGCAGUGGAGGGAGAGAGCAUGCACUAGCCUGGAAGCUGGCCCAGUCCCCACAUGUAAAACAUGUGUUUGUUGCUCCAGGAAAUGCAGGAACAGCUGACAAUGGAAAAAUUUCAAAUUCAGCGGUUUCGAUCAGCAAUCAUGCUGCACUUGCCCAGUUCUGCAGAGAUCAGGAGAUCAGGCUGGUUGUGGUUGGCCCAGAGGUUCCUCUUGCUGCUGGAAUUGUUGAUGACUUGACAGCAGCUGGAGUAAGGUGUUUUGGUCCAACAGCAAAGGCGGCUCAGCUGGAGUCCAGUAAGAGCUUUACCAAAGCCUUUUUGGAUCGUCAUGAGAUCCCAACGGCAAGAUGGAAAUCUUUUACUGAUCCUAAAGCAGCAUGUAGCUUUAUUAACAGUGCAAACUUCCCUGCUUUAGUUGUAAAAGCUAGCGGCCUGGCAGCUGGCAAAGGAGUAAUUGUGGCUUCAAACAAGGAAGAAGCCUGCAGAGCUGUUACUGAAAUCAUGCAGGAUAAGACUUUUGGCACAGCUGGGGAAACUGUUGUUGUUGAAGAACUUCUUGAAGGAGAAGAAGUUUCUUGCUUGUGUUUCACUGAUGGCAUCACAAUUGCACCCAUGCCUCCAGCCCAGGACCACAAGCGGUUAAUGGAUGGAGAUGAAGGCCCCAACACUGGAGGGAUGGGAGCUUAUUCCCCAGCACCUCAGAUUUCUAAAGAUUUGCUGCAGAAAAUAAGAGAUACUGUUCUGCAAAAAACUGUUGAUGGCAUGAGGAAAGAAGGUGUCCCCUACUUUGGUGUGCUUUAUGCUGGAUUAAUGCUUACCAGAGAUGGACCUAAAGUUCUUGAGUUUAACUGCAGGUUUGGUGACCCAGAAUGUCAGGUGAUUCUUCCACUGUUGAAAAGUGAUUUGUAUGAAGUUAUGCAAGCUGUUAUCAAUAAAAAGUUGUCUAGUUGCAUGCCAGUUUGGUUUGAAGACAGUGCAGCUGUGACUGUGGUCAUGGCUAGCGAAGGGUAUCCAGGAACGUAUCCCAAGGGUUUGGAAAUAACAGGACUUUCUAAGGCUAAGCAGCUGGGAUUGGAGGUAUUCCAUGCAGGCACGGCGCUGAAGGAUGGCAAAGUGGUGACUAGUGGAGGAAGGGUCCUUACAGUAACUGCCAUUAAGAAGGAUCUAAUGACAGCACUGCAAGAAGCCAACAAGGGAGUAGCAGCCAUAGACUUCAAGGGUGCCAUUUAUAGACAGGACAUUGGUUACCGGGCUAUAGCUUUCCUGAGACAAUCCAGAGGCCUGACUUACAAAAACAGUGGGGUAGACAUUGCAGCAGGGAAUACUUUGGUUCAGAAAAUUAAACCCUUAGCUGCAGCCACAUCAAGGUCAGGCUGCAAUGCAGAACUUGGAGGAUUUGCUGGCCUCUUUGAUUUGAGAGCAGCUGGUUACAAAGAUCCUAUCUUGGUAUCUGGAACUGAUGGUGUUGGCACAAAACUCAAGAUUGCACAAGUGUGUAAGAAGCACGACACCAUAGGGCAGGACCUGGUCGCCAUGUGUGUCAAUGACAUCCUGGCCCAAGGAGCAGAGCCCCUCUUCUUCCUUGACUAUUUUGCCUGUGGUAAACUUGACGUUGAAGUGGCUCAGGGCGUCAUUGCAGGAGUAGCUGAAGCUUGCAAGACAGCAGGAUGUGCUCUUUUGGGAGGAGAAACUGCUGAAAUGCCAGGCAUGUACCUGCCUGGAGAGUACGACCUGGCUGGCUUUGCUGUUGGUGCAGUGGAACGAGGGCAGAUGCUGCCCCAGCUGGAGAGAAUUGCUGAUGGAGAUGUGGUUAUUGGAGUAGCCUCUUCUGGGGUUCACAGCAAUGGGUACAGCCUUGUAAGGAAAAUUGUGGAAAAGUCAUCGUUUGAUUUCUCUUCUCUAGUUGGUGUCUCCGGUGAUCAGACAUUAGGAGAUCUCUUAUUAACCCCAACUAAAAUCUACAGUAAGACUCUGUUGCCUGUCCUUCGCUCAGGCCAUGUGAAAGCCUAUGCCCACAUCACUGGAGGAGGCUUGCUGGAAAACAUCCCCAGAGUUCUCCCUGAGUCAUUCGGUGUCCUUUUAGAUGCUCUUACCUGGAAGAUCCCUGAAAUCUUUUGUUGGCUCCAUAAAGAAGGGAACCUCUCUGAGGAGGAAAUGACUCGGACAUUUAAUUGUGGCAUCGGUGCUGUCCUGGUAGUUCAGAAGGAGCUGGCUCAGCAGGUCCUCAAGGACGUGCAGAAACACGAGGCAGCCUGGCUGAUUGGGAAAGUGGUCUCCUUACAGAAAGGUUCUGCCCGUGUUAAAGUCCAUAAUCUGCUUCGAGCCUUGCAAGCAAACAGGUCACUGUCUGUGCACAGCCAUAUCCAAGGCAAGAUCCAAACAAACAAAGUGAAGGUUGCUGUCCUUAUCUCUGGAACAGGCACAAACCUGGAAGCCCUCAUAAAUAGCACAAAGAAGCCCACCAGUUUUGCCCAAAUAGUUCUUGUUGUUUCUAACAAAGCUGGUGUGGAGGGGUUAAAGAAAGCUGAAAGAGCUGAUAUUCCUACAAGGGUUAUUGACCAUAAGUUGUAUGAAAGUCGCACUGAAUUUGACAGUGCAGUUGACAAAGUCCUUGAAGAAUUCUCAGUGGAACUGAUCUGUCUGGCUGGAUUUAUGCGAAUACUGUCAGGUCCUUUUGUCAAAAAAUGGGAAGGAAAAAUACUGAACAUCCACCCAUCGCUGCUGCCUUCUUUUAAGGGAGCAAAUGCCCACAAAUUGGUGCUACAAGCUGGAGUCCGAGUCACAGGCUGUACUGUACACUUUGUAGCUGAGGAGGUCGACGCUGGAGCAAUCAUUUUCCAGGAGGCAGUUCCUGUUAAGGUGGGUGACACAGUGGAGACCUUGUCCGAGCGGGUGAAGGAGGCCGAGCACCGAGCCUUCCCAGCCGCCCUGCAGCUUGUCGCCAGUGGGGCCGUACAGGUGGGGGAAGCUGGCAAGAUCUGCUGGAAAUAGGAGCAGCGUGUCCGUGAACGUCCUCAGAUGGGACAGCUGGGGUGCCUUCAUUGAUCAGAACAGAGGUCACGGCCUGAUGACGCACACGCUGUAUUCUCAUCACAAAG